AUGUCAGCUCAACAAUCGCCGUCGGCGCACGCCGCUUCGCAGCAGCAGCAGCAGCAGACAUCCAACGGUGGACCAUCCUAUGGCCCUCAUCCCGGCAUGGCCGCUCGAAUCGCAUCUUCUUCUUCGGACAAGCCGGUCCCUCCUCCACCCACUUCAGCACCGGAGGCUCAACAGCCGUCGUCCUCGACGUUUGCAUCCGGCACAUCCGCGUCUGGGAUGCAUCCAAAUCUGGAACAGCGCAAAGGGCAAGUGGUUGGUCGGUCCGAGAAUGAUGCUGCUCGAGUCUAUGAGCCUCACUCGAAACCGAGAGAACUCUUUUUGCGCGUUCGCAUCCAGACGAUCGAAAAGGCCAAGAAGGAUCUGCUGGUGCGCCUCGAUGCGCUCACCAAUCUGCCUCACUUCCGCGCUUCCUCGUAUCCGGGAGUCAUCCGAACCUAUCGCGAGCUCUGUCUCUUCGCUCUCGCCCUUUCGCUCUCGAGUCCCGCCAUCAUUGUGCCCGCUUUGCCGCUGCCAUCCACAACCGCAAGUGGCCUAGAAGAUACCCGCAUCCUCCGUCUCAUGCUCAGCAGAUGGUUCUCUCGCGUCCUUGCAGAGCCUGCGCUCAGAGACCAUCCAGAGACCCGCAACUUGAUCGAAGCCGACUUUGCCUACUCGCCCACUCCGCCUGGCACUGGAAGCUCCUCCGCCGCUCGCAAACGUUUCGCAAACGCCAUGGCAAGCGCAGCUUCCGUCGCCUAUGGCGGUGUCGAUGCCACCGGCGGUCUUCCCAACGGCGUGCUCGCCACAUCUGCCUCCGCUGGAUCUCGUACCACCAGCGGUGGUUUCAGCAUCCUCGGUCUCGGCGGCAGCAACAAAGGCCUCAGCACGUCUAGAAGCGUCUACGACGAUGACGAGGACCUCGUAGCUGCUAGAGCUGAAGUCACUCGUCUCGAAAUGCAAUUCGCCGAUGCUGCUGAAGCUUCCGAAAAGCUCGCCAACUCGCGUCGCUUGCUCACCGUCGCCCUGUCCGACUUGUCCGUAAAGCUCAACAACCUCGGUGCUGUAGAAGAAAUCCGACCACCUUCCUUGCGCCUCGGUCUGCCCUACGUCCUAAAACGAACAGCCUACACCGCACGCACCCUCGGCGAUCUCCAAGAUGCGCUAGCCAACACCGAGCUGCUGACCAUCGGCGACGCCGUCGCCUACCAGUCCAUCAACGCUAGAGCCGCAAAAGAGACCAUGCUUGCCCGCAACGCUCUUGUCGAGGAACACCACAACGCCCAAAAGAUCACCGUGAACAAAAAGAGAGAAGCUGAGCAUCUCAAAAUGCAGCGAAACCUUCGCGCCGACCGAGUCGACGACGCACUAGAGGAGCUUCAAGAGGCAAAGCGGCACGAACACGCACUUGCGCUCCAUCUCAAAAAGAUCAGCCAAGAGCUGCACAACAGCUUGCAGAGCCACAGCAAGUAUGCGCAUCAGGAUCUGCAGCAGGCAUUGGCGGAGCAUGCGAGGGGCAGCGUCAUGUUUUCGCGUCAGCUGUUGAAGGAGAUGAAAGGGCUCAAGGCUGAGCUCGAUAACGGUGCAAGGAGACCGGAUAGCUCAGGCAGCAGGUUUCAGACGCCGCAGAGGCCAUCGCAUGCGCAGACGCAGGCUACAGAGUCGGCGCGGCCGCCGUUUGCUCAUGUUCACUCGGACGUGAGCUCGUCAGCGGAACGUCCAUCUUCAGCUCAGUCCAGACCUGAAGAAUCGCAGUUCUCUGCACCCAACGGUACUGGGUCCAGCAAACCAGGGCCGCCGUCGCUGCUACCUGACCAAACGAUGAGGUCUCCGACGUCCGCAGCGUCUACACCGCACACUUCCUCGCCUACGCCGCAACAACCACCGCUGCAGUCUCAGCUACGGUCGCCCAUGCCGACCUCGUCCAAUGCAUGGUCGGGCGCUUCUCCGAUUGGCACGCCCAACCUCUCCCGAUCCAUGCAUGUAAGCGCAUCCCAAUCGGGUUCUCGCGUGGGAGACAAUCCGUUCGCUUCCAAUUUUAACGCGGGUGCCAACGGGACGCAGUCCAUGCUCCUCAAUCGUCCCAGCGCAGGUGGUGCGCGACCAAAUCCGUUCGGCACACUCAACUCUGGCUCGUCGGGCACUGCUAGUGGCAGGUCGAGGAUCUCGGCUUCGGAAGCGGCGAGGAGCUUGGCUGGCAAGUUUUGA